AUGCGACUCAGCCCAAACCCUCCACUUCCCAACCAUUGGAGUCCACUCCUUUGGUCGGCCAUUCGAGGGGAUGAGGACGUAACUAGGCUGCUCCUGGAUAUAGAAGACAUCACCGUGGACAUCAAAUACCCCAAUUCCAGGACGCCGCUCUCAAUUGCUGCCGAACAAGGGUUUGUGGGUGUUGUCCGGCUCCUCCUGGCUGCGGGGGCUGAUCCGAACACCAGAGACGGCGUCAUGAACCGGUCGCCGCUACACUGGGCAGGAUCGCCUCAACUGGCGGGGGAAAGCCGAGAUUUGGAUCAACAAAACAUGUUUAGGGAAGAUGCGCAAGAUCCUAAAUGCAAUCUCCACUGCGCAUUAGCCGUUUAUUUCGAGGUCGAUCUUCUCGGCUCCUCCCUUUGGAUGGAGAGAGAAAGAGAGCCAAGAGACAGCAUCCACUUUCCCCAGGUCAAACCUAUGAUCCAGCCCAAUGUAACUGGGUCCUUGUGGUCGGCAGGUACAAAUUAUAAGGAAAUAUUAGAUAUCCUUCUCCAAUACGGCGCCUCCCUUGAAUUAAAAGAUUCGCAAGAUCGAACACCGUUAUUGUGGGCAGCAACAUGUGGAUAUCAGCAAUUAGUGGAGCUUCUUCUCGAUAAAGCCCUGUCGUAUGCCGCAGAGAAUGGACAUUACGGUACUGUGCAGUUCCUUCUGGAAAAAGCCACAAGACGGGACUCGCUCUGGUCUGACCCUGGCUGGGCUCCCCUGAUGUGGGCCGCAAAAGGGGGUCAUGUGGAAAUCGUGAAAUUAUUGCUAUCAGUGCAUACUCAAAGGUGGCCAGAGCAGUCCCUUGGCUCAGAAGCUGCGCAGGAGGCUGCGCGCUACGGGAAAACAGAUAUCAUACCGUUGCUGGUCCAAGCCGGGGCAAGGUUCGAAGGCUCUCAAACUUCUCAGUUAAUGACCCCUCUCCAUCUAGCUGCCAUGAACAUGCAUGUCGAUACCGUUAAAUGCCUCCUUGACAUAACAGAGAUCGAUGUGAAUGCCCCCGAUAGACAUGGCUGGACUGCACUAGACUGGGCGACAAGUGGACAGAUGCGAGCCAAGAUAUUCUCGAAACACGUGAGAAUUACAGACACGCUACUUGAGUACGGAGCUUGCCCAUCAUCGCGCACGGUAGAAGUACUCAAAAACCCACCACACUUUUUGUGCCGAGAUACUUCAGGGUGUGAUUUCCCAAAUUAUACGUGCAACCCUAUUUCAUUCAGAUGUGAUUGGAACUCCAUCGCCCAGGGGAGAAAGAUGCGAGACUUUUCGUAUGAAAAGAAAGCUAUCUGGAAGAUGGGCCCUGCCCUUUCAGCUGAAGUUAUCAAGAUGUUUGAAGGGUGGUCUUAUAAUAGCCCUCAGCUUCUUUUGGAUUGA